AUGGCUGAACUUAAUGGAUUGUUUGUGAACGUCCUCUUCAAUGCCGACACGGAGAACUUGUACACUCGUGCUGCGGAGACCGUGGCUUCGCUCUACGGCAAAAAGUUCACAUGGGAGCUCAAGAAGCGGGUGAUGGGAACGCCGGAAGCUGAUGCGGCGCGCACGACCAUUGACUCCCUCGGCCUGCCCCUGACACCGGAUGACUAUAUGGCGGCACUAGAUCGCAUAUUUGAGGAGACGUUCCCCAAGGCCCAGCUUAUGCCCGGCGCCGAAAGGCUGGUGCGCCACCUACACGCGCAUGGCAUCCCCAUCGCCAUUGCGACCAGUUCCAAGCCGUCCUCGUUCGUUCUGAAGAUGACGCGACAUCACGAACUCCUGGCCUUGUUCCAUCACGUGGUCUGCUCGGGUGGGGACCCCGAAGUGAAGCGGGGCAAGCCGCACCCAGAUAUAUUCCUCGUCGCCGCGUCCAAGUUCGACGAAAUGCCACCGCCGGAGAAGGUCCUUGUGUUUGAGGACUCAGUGAUGGGCGUCACGGCUGCCCUGGCUGCCGGCAUGCAGGUCGUUAUGGUUCCCGAUCCUCGUAUCGACGAAGAGAAGCGGCGUCGGGCCACGACUUCGCUUACCUCGCUGCUCGAGUUCAAGCCCGAGCUCUUUGGUCUUCCACCUUUUGACAUUCCUGCACAGGAUCACAACAAUACGAAAUGACCAUUACCGUGCUUGUGUAUCUUUUCUGC